CAGGAGGGCACGCGGGCCAAGGGAUGCCAGGACGGAGUCGGCCGGGCCCGGAGCCAGGUGGGCGGCGGGGCCGGGGCGGCGUUCCCAGCCGGGCCACGGCCAGCGCGGAGCCCCCUUACCUGGGACUAGUGAGGAGCCGCCGCGCCGCCUCCGCAGCAUCUGCGCUCAGCCGCUGCUCCCAGUGCCCUGGGCGGGGGCCAUUCCGCCCGCCCCGGGAGCCCGCCCUCACCGCCAGGCGCCAGCGGCAGCGAGCCCGGCCCGGCCCCGCGGAGCAGCGCCGACGCGACCCGCGCCCACGGCUGCCUCAGCAGCGACUCCCGCCGUCGCCGCCUCAGCGCCGGCCGCCAGCCUCGCGGGCGGGCCCGGGAUCACACGGAUGCAGCGAUUGGUUCCUGCCCGCCCGGCCCGGCCGAUGUGUCGGCUCCUCUGAUUGGUGGUUCUCGCUAGCUGCCGCCCGCGGGAGACGGCAUUCGGCACGGCGCCGGGUCCGGCGCGCGUUAAGGGGCGGGAGGGGUCUGACGUCGAGGCCGGAGGGCGUGCCUGCGUCCCUGCGCGUGCGCGCUCCCCGCGAGGCCCGGGAGCCGCGGCCUGCGGGCAGUGCGCGUUACCCUAGCGACGGCGCGUCUGUCCUCGCUGGCCCGGAGCGGGGUUGGGGGCGCGGUCCAUCCGGGAAAGACGGGCGCGCUCCGGAAAAAGGAGCUCCUCCAGGGAGCGUGGCUUCGAGGACCACCUCUCCGGCCGCGGCCGGCGGAACCUCGCUCUCCGGAGGGAGCUCGGAGCCCACAGCAGUCACGCAGCGCUGCGUCCCGCACGGACUGGGCGAGCGACCGUCGACCCCGCCGCAGGGCCGGGUGCCGAUGCCUGAAGGAAGAAGUGACGCGGGGAUGCGAGAAAAGGGGGGGGCGCUGGGAGGGACGGCAGAGAGCGCCCGUAACCGAGUCCCUCCCACCGGGUGGCCUCGGCGGGCCUGUCGCAGCGGCGGGGGCGCGGCGGCCUGUGAGGGGCUUCUGUGAGGGACGCGCUCGCGCCGUCGCUGGAGUCGCGCUGAGGCAGCAGGGCAGCGUCCGGCCCCGGGGACACCUCGGACGCGUUCGUCGGCGGAACCUUCGGCUCCUGACGGGGGCAGCGGGUUGGUUUCAGCGGCGUCUCCCGUCAACCUUCCGCGGGCGGAGACAGAGGAAGUCGGCCCCCGCGGCAAAGCAGCCACGUGUCAGCAAGUGGAAGGUGGGCAGCGGCGAUCCUGAGUGUUUCUCUUGAAGAUUUUACUUAGUUAUCUUACAGAGAGAGACCACGAGCAGGCAGAGAGGCAGGCAGAGAGAGAGGGAAGCAGGCUCCCCGCCGAGCAGAGAGCCCGAAGAUGCGGGGCUCGAUCCCUGGACCCUGAGAUCAUGACCUGAGCCGAAGGCAGGGGCUUUAACCCGCUGAGCCACCAGGCACCCCGCCAAUCCUGACUAUUUUAAAGCAAACGAUGUGCCCUUGUGGCUUUUGCCUUUGUAAGCCUGGGCUUCUGCGCCUUUGAAAUCCAGAGCGCACUUUCCCCGUCACUGGACUCCAUGUGUCCCUCCGGUAAAAGCCUCGGUUGCGUCAGCUCCUCUCCUUGGUGGACAGAGCACAGACAGCAAAAGCUCGGGCUCCGGAAUCGAACCCCUGAAUGUCCAGGAGGCACAUUUCCUGUCAGCCACACUGGGUUGUUUCAUCAUCUGCAGAAUGAGACCUACAGUCAUCUGAGUGAGCUCCGCCCAGGAACUUGCCCCGAAUGCCCACAGCAGCCUCCGUGAUAACCAAUGACGCGAGAAUAACGUCGAUGUCCAUCAACGGUUUAACACAACUCGGUAUAUCCGUAGGAUGAAAUAUUAGUCAUCCGUGAAAAGGAAUGAAGUUCUGACAAUGCUACAAUGUGGACUGUAAUACUGAAAAUACUACACUAAGUAAAAGAAAAUCGUCACAAAAGACCCUAUACUGUGUAAGCCCAUUUAUAUAAAAUGUUCGAAAUAAGCAAAUUCAUAGAGACAGCAAGUAGACUAGUAGAUGCCUUGGGCUGAGGGGAUCGCGGAAAAUGGGAAGUGACUGCUAAUGAAUAUGGGGUUUCCUUUAGGGGUGAUUGACGAAAAUGUCCUAAAAUUGAUUGUGUGACGGUUACACAGUUUUGUGCAUAUAUUAAAAACCAUUGGAUUGUGUACUUUAAAUAAGGGAAUUGUAUGGCAUAUGAGUUAUAUCUCAAUAAAGCUGUUACUGUUUUUUUAA